GUGCUUAUAUAUCUGAUCAUGCAACUGUCUAUCAGUUAUAUUUGGAACUCGUAGCUCGACAAGUCGAAAUGGAUGCAAUAUUGAAAGUUAUCUUGUUGAUCAGUUUUUAUUUUAUGGCUGUAACUUUGCACUUUGGGUUGUGUGAUGAUGUUCCAUCCGCCGAUGCAGACACAGUGGUAACAGAAAGUGAAGAACACUACACCGCACCAGAUGACUUUGACUUUUAAUGGAUUUGUUAAACAAACAAAUUAAUCCCAGUCAUAGAUAAAUAAAUAAAGAUUCUUUUAGCAUCUCCAAAA